AUGAGAACUCUCUCUCUCUCUCUCUCUCUUCUCUCUCUCUCUCUCCACAGAAUAUUCCUAUUGGACUCUCACACUUUUAUCACAGCGUAUACUUACCGGACAUUUAGUAUUAACGGAGAAAUAUCAUCUGGAAACUCUCUCUCUCUCUCUCUCUUUCUCUCUCACUUUCUCGCUCUCUCUCUCUUUCUUUCUCUCUCUCUCUUUCUUUCUCUCUCUCUCUUUCUCCCCCCCACAGAAUAUUCCUAUUGGACUCUCCCACAUUUAUCACAUCGCGUCUACGAAUAUUUCUCUCCUGUUUUUAAACUUGCUGUUCAAGAAGACAACGCAACACAUUAUAUCAACGUCAUUGACUUAAAUCAUCCCCGACGCAGCACUAACUAUGAAGAAAUUAACAGAACGAUUUCUAUCUUACAAGCGAAGAAUAUCCACACCGUUGUUGGGCCAUUUAACCGUGGCACCUCGAUUGCCACUGAAGAACUUGAGAUUCCAUACAUCUCUACGACUGCAGUCAGUCUCGAAGAGAACAAUGCGAUCUUCCAGAUGAUACCAGACAAGAACGAGGUGAAUCUGGCAAUGUUGAAUCUCAUCAAAGUCUACGAUUGGAAAAAUGCCGGAAUGUUCUACGAUAGUGACGCAGGGUCAAGUUUUAUGGAGUCGUUAUUAAGCGAGUACAAUUUGAGCUUGAAAGCCUGGCGCCUAUCUGUAGGAACUUCCAUAAAAGGAGUAAGAGAUUGCCUCAUCAACAUGAGGAAAGUUUUCAUUCAAAAAGUAAUCGUUAUUACGUCUGCCACCAACGCAGAGAUGCUUCUCGACGAGGCUCGGAACCUAGCGAUGCUGUCUAACCCUUAUGAAUGGGUCUUUCAUGAUCCUGUAAGUAAACUUUGA